AGGGGCGCCCAGGCUCGCCAGGCACAUUCACUCCUCUAUCAUCAACAGUAUGAGGGCUGUUGUGAUCAUCUCCUGCUUGGCGGCAGUCUCUGUGGCCCAGUUUCAACAAUCAGGACAGACACUCAGAGAAGUCGGCCAUCUCCAGGCAAUCAACCAGCCUCACCUGCCCAAGGACCCCAAUGUGCUUCACGAGACUCAACAGUUCCUCAGAAAAUUCGCUGAACUGAAGGCUCUGGCUGACGCUGCCCCAGACACCCAUCAAUCUCCUCAAUCACAGAGACAGCGCUUCUCCGCCCCUCAGCCAGCCCCCACCCAGCACCGCUUCGCCGCUCAGCAACCCGCCCACGCCCAGCAGCACUCCCAGCCCCCACCACCCCAUCCUGCCAAUAGUGAGUUCGAUGUGACGAGAGAAAUCGGACAGCUGUUGGCCCGCCACAGUGCAGCUAACCCAACCCCGGCACCUAUUCGAAGACCCGCUCCUCCUCCUCCACAACUCCAGCAGCACCAGCCAGUUCACCAGCACCAACCCGUUCACCAUCAACAGGCCCCAGUACAGCAAUUCCCCUCCUUCAACGUCCACAACAACCUGGGGAAUCAUCAACAACAACAUGCCUUUGAACAUCACGCCCCACCGCCACCACCUCGUCGCGUCGACCCCAACAUCCCCAUCACCAACCAGCACGGACACGUGAUCAAUCCCCAGCAAUUCCCAGGUCCCCUCGCCCACGACAUCCCUGCUGGGGUCGCCGGGAGGGUCGAGAACACCCAGUUCACUCCUGAGGUCGCGCAAGCUCACCGCGAACUGGCCAACGCGCACGCUAACAUUCUCAGCCAACAGGCGGCGCUGGCCAGGCCUGGAGGACGCUUCCAGUAACCAACCCACUUUCUCUCCCACCCUAUUUCCCUCCCUUAGUACCUCUCACUUCCACCCUAUUUCUCCCUCAGUACCUCUUAGUUCUACCCUAUUUCCCUCCCUUAGUACCUCUUAGUUCUACCCUAUUUCCCUCCCUUAGUACCUCUCACUUCCAUCCUAUUUCUUCUUCAGUACCUCUUAGUUCUACCCUAUUUCCCUCCCUUAGUACCUCUUAGUUCUACCCUAUUUCCCUCCCUUAGUACCUCUCACUUCCACCCUAUUUCCCCCCUCAGUACCUCUCAUUUCCACCCUAUUUCUUCUUCAGUACCUCUCAGUUCUACCCUAUUUUUCCCUCAGUACCUCUCACUUCCACCCUAUUUUUCCCUCAGUACCUCUCACUUCCAUCCUUUUUCCCCUCUCAGUACCUCUCACUUCCACCCUAUUUCCCCCCUCAGUACCUCUCACUUCCACCCUAUUCCCCCCUCAGUACCUCUCACUUCCACCCUAUUUCUUCCUCAGUACCUCUCACUUCCACCCUAUUUCCCCCCCCCUCAGUACCUCUCACUUCCACCCUAUUCCUUCCUCAGUACCUGUCACUUCCACCCUAUUUCUCCCUCAGUACCUCUCACUUCCACCCUCUUCUUAAAGUGCCUCCCGUUCCUUGCACACUGCCCUUCCAUUUGGCCUACUAAUUAUCUCAUCCUAUCGGCAUUCCUUCCCGCUUAACGCUCACCCCUAUUCCCACCCAUUACCAUCUUCCUUUCCCACCCCAUUCCGCCCUCUUAGAGUCGUGGUGCAGUCACACACUGCCCACAAAAUAUACAUAGUUGCUCUUUCUGCUUUGAGAGAGUUGUUGCAGAUGUGGCUAAACUGCCAUUGUAAGCCAGCACCCAUGAAAUUUUGUAAAUAAAUAAAUACAUAUAUAUAUGUAUGUAAAUGUAUAAAUACAUUUGAUACAAA